UGAGAGCAGUAACCCAUCCGCCAUUGUGGCACGGAGCAGCGGGGGGAUUUUCUAACCAUCUGAUGAGCCGUUGAGCGCGUGCGGGGUGAAUGUUUCCGGGGAAGUGGAGCUCCGACCAGCCGCCUCGGACCGCGCGUGACCUUAGCGCUCAGGCUAAGUGUGUUUAAAGCUCCGCGCGUGCGUGAAGUCUGAUUGGCUGAAAGGAAGGAAGAGGCUUUAAACGUAACUAAUAAUAAUAAUAAUUAUAAUUCUAAUAAAAACAACAAUAAGUGGGAAAAGCUAUCAGAGUGAAGUGAUAAUAGCAUCAUCACGCAGCUCAGGGCUCGGAGAGGAGGAUGUCUGCCACAACUGUUGAUCAGAGACCUAAAGGCCAAGGAAAUAAAGUGCAAAACGGUUCGAUGCAUCAGAAGGAUUCUGUAAAUGAUGAUGAUUUUGAGAAUUACUUAAGCAGCCAGACAAAUCAGAGUAAUAGCUACCCACCAAUGUCUGAUCCCUACAUGCCCAGCUACUAUGCCCCAUCUAUCGGAUUUCCCUACUCUCUGGGUGAAGCUGCGUGGUCCACCGCAGGUGACCCCCCUAUGCCCUACUUGACCACAUAUGGACAGAUGAGCAACGGCGAACACCAUUUCAUCCCUGACGGAGUCUUUAGCCAACCUGGUGCUCUAGGCAACACACCUCCCUUUCUUAGUCAACAUGGAUUUAACUUCUUUCCUGGCAACGCAGACUUUUCCACCUGGGGCACCAGCGGCUCACAGGGCCAGUCGACCCAGAGCUCGGCGUACAGCAGCAGCUAUGGCUACGCGCCCAGCUCACUGGGCAGGGCUAUAGCAGAUGGGCAGGCCGGCUUUGGCAGCGACACACAACUCAGCAAGGUUCCUCCACUGAGCAGCAUCGAUCAAGGCAUGGCCGGGCUCAAGCUCGGAUCUGACAUGGCAGCUGUCACCAAAACUGUCGGUUCUCCUCUUGGAGGAACAGCUGGGAUGAGCAGCCUGGCAGCCAACAGCGUGCCCCCUGUCAGCUCCUCAGCUCCUAAGCCUACAUCUUGGGCAGCCAUUGCUAGGAAACCAGCUAAACCUCAGCCCAAACUCAAGCCUAAGAUCAAUCCAGGCAUGGGGAGUGGUUCCACCAUUCCUCCCCCACCUAUAAAGCAUAACAUGAACAUUGGAACUUGGGAUGACAAAGGUUCCAUCUCAAAACCACCACUUGCUCAGCAGAUGUUGCCCCCUCUGGUGCAGCCACAGAUUUUAGCUCAACCUCAGCCCUUAUUGCCUCCUCAACCCCAACCCCAGCAGCUCCAGCUUCAGUCCCCUCAACCCCCUCCACAGCUUCAGCCAGGUCCACCACAUCCUCUCCAGCCCCAUCCGUCUCAAGCUGCCCCUCCUCAGCCCCAGCAUACUCUCCCUCAGCAGAAUGCACCACCCCAGAACCGUUGGGUGGCACCGAGAAACAGGGUGGCCACAUUUAAUCAGAGCGGGGGGCAGGAGAACUUCAUUCUGGGCCCCGGUGUGCCCUUGAGUGCCUCCCCUUCCACCCCUGGUGAGCUCCACCCGGUGCUGGAGAAGCUCAAAGCGCUUAACAGCUACAACCCCAAAGACUUUGACUGGAACGUGAAGAACGGACGCGUGUUCAUCAUUAAGAGCUACUCCGAGGACGACAUCCACCGUUCCAUCAAGUACUCGAUCUGGUGCAGCACGGAGCACGGCAACAAGCGGCUGGACGCAGCGUACCGUUCGCUGGCUGCCAAGGGCCCGCUCUACCUUCUGUUCAGCGUCAACGGCAGUGGCCACUUCUGUGGCGUAGCCGAGAUGAAGUCUCCCGUGGACUACAACGCGUAUGCCGGUGUCUGGUCUCAGGAUAAGUGGAAGGGCAAGUUCGAGGUCAAGUGGAUUUUCGUCAAGGACGUGCCCAACAACCAGCUCCGGCACAUCCGCCUGGAGAACAACGACAACAAGCCGGUCACCAACUCCAGGGACACUCAGGAGGUGCCUCUGGAAAAGGCCAAGCAAGUGCUUAAAAUUAUCGCCACUUUCAAGCAUACCACCUCGAUCUUUGAUGAUUUUGCACAUUACGAAAAACGGCAGGAGGAAGAAGAAGCCAUACGAAGGUGUUUCUGGAUUCAAGAAACCUACCAAAACGCCGUCCGCUUUGAGGAUCCGUCUUCUGGAUUGUCCAGAUGUGUGAAUACCUUUUGAGAGAGAACUAGAAAUAAACAGUAACCUUCCAGACAUCUGUUCUGCUAGAACUUCAACACUAAUAAUGUAGAACCUUUGAAUUAUUGCCUAACCACAGAGGAAGAACGAGGGUUCUGCUCUAUUUUCUGCUGAAGACGAUGUACGAACACUAACACGACGACGACCAUGGACUGUCGAUUUUUGAUGCAUCUGCCCUUAUUAUUAUGACAAAAGAAAGCAACAUUGAUCACAUAAACUGUAUCUUUAAGCACUUUCAGUCAUUUAAAAAAAAAAAAAAAGGAAAAAAAAAAAAAAAAAGCUUCUUACCAACACCCUUAACUCGCACCGGACUCCUGUUUGGUAUUAACUGACUAACCUGGCUAGUUGGUUUCAAGGAUUUCACCAAACUUGUUUGUAUUUGUAAGUCUUUCCGUUUAGUAUUUUAAGUUCUUUGGGUUUUGCACAAAUGUGUGCUCUCCGAGGAAACGGAAAGUGUGUAACGACAAAUCUGUACUUGAAUCCGUGAUGCUUUCUAAUCCUCCACUGUAGUACUGAGGAAAGAAAGCGAUUUUUUUUUUUCCUUUUCCCCCCCUCAUUUUGUUUCCCUCCCUGACUGAAUUAAAUUGAAGCACGAGUUGGAAUAAUGUGCAUUUUUGUCACCCCUUCACCCUUCCUCCUUCCAUCUGUGUACCACAAGAAAAUAAAUUAUGCAGCUUGGUGGAACGCCACACGUUAAGGUACACCCCCCCCCCCCCCCCCCCCGUUUUUUUUUAUUAAUUAAUUUAUUUUUUUAAAACCUGCCUGUCCAUUUUUGUUCCUGUAACCAUCAUCAUUAUCCAGAAGUGCAUUAGUCGAAGGAGAACUGGGUACCUCACUCUGAAGCAGGGCCUCAUCCUUGUCGAAACUUCACCGUGGGUUUUGUCCCCAAACACAGCGACGCUUUUCUCCUUCAUGCUGAGUGAUUCCCUGAAUCCCCCCCCCCCCCCCCCAGUUUUCACUUUAUUAUAAAGUUGGAGGCUGUAAUUAAAUUUUUUUUUUUUUAAUUAGUCCAAAAUUAUUCGUGUUGCAUGAGGGUUUUCAUUUAAAUUUUUUUUUUUUUUUUGGAAAUUUUGAACCUAUGAAAUAUAUAUUAAGCAUUUAUAUUGAGGACAUGCAAAAUAUUAAGGAAAAAAAUCUAUUUAGGCCUUGAUUAUGAUGAAUUGAUUGAUUGAUUGAUUGAUUGAUUUUUUUAGUUUAAAAAUGCAUUGCUCUGGGUUGAAGUGAGAGAAGAGUGAAAAUGGCCGGUCGCCGGCGGUCCCGAUCCUCAGCAGCAUCUGCUCACAGGAAAUGCAUUUCCUGUUUCUUCAUUACAAGCUGCCUUCUUUAUAGGUCCAGUAGGAUUCUGUCUAUCUGCCUCUCUGUAUUGUAAAACACGGCACCUCAGUCACUUCCACGGCCGGGUUCAUGUUCUGGAUGGAGCAGAAGGAUAUCAACCCCUGCAACAAGAAGCAACUCCUCUUCUCUCUCACUCCUCCUCUCCCUCCGUGUGUUUGAUUUGUGGCAAUAUUUGUAUGGGUUACUGUAAAUCGAUGCUUCGUAAUGAUGCUAAUGCUAAUUGCAUUAUGUGAUUAAUCUGAUUUUAAAAAUAAAUAUAGAUUUAUUGAAAACUGAAAA